UUUUCCUUAAAAACAUUAUGAGUCUGAUUGAUAUCGUGUUUCGUGUCGAUGCAAUAUGCAAGAAAUAUGAAAAGUACGACAUUGAUAAGCAACGUGAGCUCAACGCUUAUGGAGAUGAUGCAUUUGCCUCUCUACUCGCUUCCUUAGAUUCUCAAAUUGAAGCUGCUUUACGUAAAUCAGAAAAGGCAUCGAUGGAGACAAAUAGAGCUACUGUAGUCGCCAUGAACGCUGAGAUUAGAAGAAUGAAAGUUCGAUUGAUGGAAGAAGUACCCAAACUAGAAAAGCUUGCCAAAAAGAAGGUGAAAGGGUUAUCAAGAGAGGAAUUAACAGCUCGUUGUGAUGUGGUUCUUGCACUACCAGAGAGGAUUCGAGAAAUACCUGAUGGAACCAGUACCACAUUACUGUCAAAUGCGUCUACAUCUGCUACAAAUAAGAUUAAGUUUGAUACAGUAAGUGUAGAUCGUAUCUUUGGAGAUAGUUAUUUCCAACGAAGCGAAGAAUCAAACCAGUUUAGAUCAGAGUAUGAAAUGAGGAAAAUAAAACAGGAUGAAGGCUUAAACGUAAUAUCAGAAGGUCUUGAUACACUAAAGAAUUUAGCUCAUGAAAUGAACGAGGAAUUAGAUAAGCAAGUCCCCUUAAUGGAUGAAAUCGAAGAUAAGGUUGACAAAGUAACAAGUGAUAUUAGAAACACGAAUAUGAAACUUAGGCAGACUCUUUUAAAGGUGAGGUCUACACGGAACUUUAUAAUCGACAUCAUCUUAUUAUGUAUAAUUUUGGGCAUCGCAUCGUAUUUGUACAAUUUGUUGGACGACUAAAGCGAAAUGAAGUAUUAAAAGGAUAGCUUAUGCACAACAUUGAAGGAUGCAAUUCAAAUUUUGUUGUGUUCUCCUUCGGAAUUUAUGAUUUUAUUUUCUAACAUGUUUAAAAUAUCUUUAGAAAUAUUUGCUGAGUUGUGGAGCUUAAUUCUCCCUUUUAACUCAUAGUUGCUCAUGAGACUAAGCCUGGUUAGAACUCAGAUUCGACAUGAAAUGCAUCAAGGGUUAGUUUUAUCAUAGUUCCGGCUUUUCUUAUUGACAGAAUUUAGAUGAACGCAUGCUGGAAUAAAUAGAUUCAUUCAGUUUGUAGCCUAAGAUAAACAAUUGUAAUUUGG